AUGGCAGAAGAUCAGUCCAAUCCUGCCAACAAUCCAGCCAGCCCCUUCUAUCUACACCCUGGAGAAAAUCCAGGUUUAACUCUCAUUUCUCAAGUCCUAAGCGAAACAAAUUACUCCUCUUGGAGUAGAAGUAUGAAGAGGGCUCUCUUAUCCAAAAAUAAAAUCAAAUUUAUAGAUGGGUCCAUCAAGAAACCCAAAAACAAUGAAAUCUUGUUUGAUGCGUGGGAGAGAUGCAACGUAAUGGUGCUUUCAUGGAUUAUAAAGACUCUUUCUCCCCAAAUUGCCGAAAGUGUGAUCUAUGUUGAAGAGGCCAAAGAGUUGUGGGAUGAAUUAAAGGAAAGAUUUUCUAAAGGGGACUAUUUCAAGAUUUCUGAUCUUUUGCAAGACAUUCAUUCAAUCAAACAAGGGGAAAGAACUGUCAACCAAUUUUUUACUGAUUUAAAAAUCCUUUGGGAAGAGUUAGAAACUCUUAGACCUAUACCCAAUUGUACAUGCAGUGUACCUUGCAGCUGUGAACUCUCCAAAGUCUUUCUAAAAUACAGAGAAGUUGAACAUGUUAUAUGUUUUCUGAAGGGACUCAAUGACAACUACAACACUGUCCGCACUCAGAUUCUUUUGAUGGAGCCACUGCCAAACAUAAACUGUGUUUUCUCUCUUAUUAUGCAACAAGAGAGACAGGGAAGGCCAGAUGCAGCCCAAAAUCAACUUGCUGAAACACCAAAAAUUCUUGCAAAUGCUGCUGACAGAAGCAACAAUUGGAAAAAUGACCAGCCUUGGAGGAAUCAAGGACGUGGUACUGGACCACAUGGCCAGGGAAGAGGCAGAGGAAGAAAUCCUAACUAUGGAAAGCAAUGUUCAUACUGCAACAAAAUGAAUCACACUGUAGAUGAGCGUUAUUCUAAACAUGGUUACCCACCUUGGUACAAAAAGACUGACAGUAAUCAAGAAAAAAGGGGAUGGAACUCUGCCAACAUUUGCCAGAGUAUUCCUGGAUCAGAAACAGUUUAG